AUGACUCUGAGCUCGGAGAUGUCCGAUGCCUCGGGGCUGGCUGAAGAGACCGACAUCGAUGUGGUGGGCGAGGGCGAGGAGGAAGACGAGGAGCCCCGGCGCGGCGGGCGCCCCUAUGCCCAGGAGGAGGAAGAGGAGGAGGAGGAGGACGACGAGGAGGUGGGGGAGCUCCCCGAUGACAUCUCGCUGGCCAGGUCCCCGGCGUGCGGCGGCGCGGGCAGCUCCCCCGCCUCCUCCCAGCGCCCCUACAAGGCGGCGGCGGGCGGCGGCGGGGCCAGCAAGAGCAGCCUGGUGAAGCCGCCCUACUCCUACAUCGCGCUCAUCACCAUGGCCAUCCUGCAGAGCCCCAAGAAGCGCCUGACGCUCAGCGAGAUCUGCGAGUUCAUCAGCGGCCGCUUCCCCUACUACCGGGAGAAGUUCCCCGCCUGGCAGAACAGCAUCCGCCACAACCUCUCGCUCAACGACUGCUUCGUCAAGAUCCCCCGCGAGCCCGGCAACCCGGGCAAGGGCAACUACUGGACCCUGGACCCGGAGUCCGCCGACAUGUUCGACAACGGCAGCUUCCUGCGCCGGAGGAAGCGCUUCAAGCGGCAGCCGCUGCCGGCGCCCGAGCUGCUGCUGCGCGGGGUGGAUCCCGGCACCUUCCUGCAGCAGCCGCCGCCGCCGCAGCAGCCGGCGCCCUACGGCUACGGACCCUACAGCUGUGGAUAUGGCAUUCAGCUCCAGCCUUACCACCCCCACUCCGCCGCCCUCUUUGCCUUUCACCACCACUCCCCGCCGGCCCGGCAGCCGCCCCCGGGCGCCGCCGGCCCGGUCCUGCCUCCUGCCGCUGCUCCGGCAGCUCCUCCAGCCUCCUUACUGCCAGCGGCGGAGCUGGCCAGGACCUUCAGCUACCCGCCCCAGCUUAGCCCGUCCCUGACUUCUCUGCACGCUGACAAAUCCAGCAGCUCGGCUCUGGCCCGGUCCCCCUUCUCCAUUGAGAGCAUCAUCGGGGGGGCUGGCAGCAGCUGUGCCUCCCAGUCUGCAGUGGUUCCCGUCUUAGCCAGGUCUCUGGUUUCCUCUUCCUCCGUUUCUUCUGCCGCCGCGGCCUUAGGGGCACUGCACCAAGGGACAGCCUUGUCCAAUGUCGAGAACUUUACUGCUAGGAUCUCAAACUGUUAA